AUGGACACAUUUUGUCUAGAGUCUGCUAUGACUGCCUCGGAGAACAGUCCCGUCUUGCAGUUUUUCGAGAAUCUGCAGCUGUCAUUCCUCGACGAGUUCGACAAGGGCGUUGCACAACUAUCCGUAACCCUCAAGAAGAGACCGUCGCAUUUUCAAAUCGCGACACCCCAUGAAAGUUCAGAAGACAGGAUACUGGCGAUGGAGCCAGGGGUGCCGGAAAGAAAAAUGACUUACUCGUGGCCAGGAAAGACUCCGCAGGAGGCCUGGAAGUUUAGCUGCAUUCUACGUAUCCUGUCUCUCAUAUUUGAGGCUGUCCAAAACAACAUGUUGAUUACGAAGAGGUGUCGUACCCUUCAAGGAGCGGUGCAGCUGUUCGGCACACAGAGUGUGGUGAAUACAAUCGUUGAUGACAUAGCCUACACUGUUGGAGUUGAUCGAGCUGCAUUGCACGUCAUCUCGGUCGGUAAAGGACUGGCUGCUGGAGCUUUCCGUAUCAUGACCAAAGCUAAAAAUUGCCUUGACAUGUCAGUUGAGGCUGUCUUUCGAAGACUCGUCCAUAACAAAUACCACCUCAAUUCGGCCGCUGGAAAGGGUAUUCUGAUCACAGGAAAGGGAUACCCAGAUAUCUGCACCCGGGAAUUCGUUCAUUUGAUUUCAGAUAUUGCAACUAAGAACAGCAGUUCAAUUCUUCGAGGUCUUAAGAUCACCCCACCGACAGCUACACCACGCUUUCUCGCUUUGGUGGACGGGGAUUGCGACGGAGUAGCUAUUAUGUCUACGUAUAAAUACGGCUCCAUGGCUCACGCUCAUGCAAGUGCCCAUCUCAAUGCCCCGAGACUAGAGUGGCUCGGAACGCGUAUCAAAGAUGUGGUAAUAGAACAGAAUAGGAAUGGUAAUGAUGGUGAGGAUUGGGCAAUGAUUUCCCUAUCGCACAGAGACGUCAAGAAAGUUCGAAGCAUGUUGGCGAAGAAUCCAGUGUUCAGCGAGGAUGGACCCGAGCUUGAAUGGAGAGCGGAAUUGCAGACGAUGAUGAUGCUGAAUAUGAAAGCUGAAACUGAAGUCUUGUAUGGCACGGGAGGUGGCUUGGAGGGAUGGAUUGAUCGAAAGAUGAAGGAUUUGUGA